UUUCCUUCAAUGUCACAGUGUCAGUGAUGUUAGAAUCCUUUGAUUUCUUAGAUGUAAAGGUGAGAUUUAUAAGAUCUGAAGAGAGAAAAGAGUGUUUUUGACCUGAACAGAUCCAUUAGUCUAGUAUAGUGAUAGCGAUAGCGAUAGACCAAACUGUUGCUCUUUUCAAUAGUGUGUUAAAACGUGGGAAAAAGAGGCAGUGAACGAGAGAGGGAGGAGCAGAGAUCUGUUUCUGUUCAGAGGAAGUGAAUCUGUUCUACAGCCUCUGGCAGCAGCUGAAAUGGAGCAGCAAGAAAAUCACCUGGCCAGACAAAUACUCUCCUGUCCGAUCUGUCUGGAUCUACUGAAGGAUCCGGUGACUACUGUCUGUGGACACAGGUACUGUAAGAGCUGUAUUAACACCCACUGGGACAAAGAGGAGGAGAGAGGAAGCUACAGCUGUCCUCAGUGUAGACAGACCUUCACACCGAAGCCUGUCCUGGAGAAAAACACCAUGUUAGCUGCUUUAGUGGAGGAGCUGAAGAAGACUGGACGCCGAGCUGCUCCUGCUGAUCACUGCUAUGCUGGACCUGAAGAUGUGGCCUGUGAUGUCUGCACUGGGAGAAAACUGAAAGCUCUCAAGUCCGGUUUGAAUUGUUUGGCCUCUUAUUGUGAAAAACACCUCCAGCGUCAUAUUCAGUCAGCUUCAUUUAAGAAGCACAAGCUGGUGGAGCCCUCGGAGAAGCUCCAGGAGAACAUCUGCUCUCGUCACAACGAGGUGAUGAAGAUGUUCUGCCGCACUGAUCAGCAGUGUAUCUGUUAUCUCUGCUCUGUGGAGGAACAUAAAGGCCACGACACAGUGUCAGGUGCAGCAGAAAGAACUAAGAGGCAGAGAGAGCUCGGGCUGAGGAGACAAACAAUCCGGAAGAGAGUCCAGGACACAGAGAAAGACGUGAAGCUGCUUCAACAGGAGAAGAAGGCCGUCAAUGGCUCUGCUGAUAAAGCAGUAGAGGACAGUGAGGAGAUCUUCACUGAGCUGAUCCGUCUGCUGGAGAAAAGAAGCUCUGAUGUGGAGCAGCAGAUCAGAUCCCAGCAGGAAACUGAAGUGAGUCGAGUCAGAGAGCUUCAGGAGAGACUGGAGCAGGAGAUCACUGAGCUGAAGAGGAAAGCCCAUGAACUGAAGCAGCUCUCAGACACAGAGGAUCACAACCAGUUUCUACACAACUACCCCUCACUGUCACCACUCAGUGAAUCUACACACUCAUCCAGCAUCAGCAUCCGUCCUCUGAGGAACUUUGAGGACGUGACAGCAGCUGUGUCACAGGUCAGAGGUCGACUACAGGACAUUCUGAGUGAGACAGAGACAGAGAUUUUACAGAUUGUGUCUCAAGUGGAUGUUUUACUGCGACAACCAGAGCCAAAGACCAGAGCUGACUUCUUAAAAUAUUCACAGGAAAUCACACUGGAUCCAAACACAGCAAACAGACGUCUGUUAUUAUCUAAGGGAAACCGAAAAGUAACACGUAUGAGAGAAGAUCAGUAUUAUUCUAAUCACCCAGACAGAUUCACUGAUUAUUAUCAGGUCCUGAGUAAAGAGAGUCUGACUGGACGUUGUUACUGGGAGGUGGAGGUGGGGGUGGUGUGGGGAGAAGUUAGUGUAGCAGUCACAUACAAGAAUAUCAGCAGAGCAGGAAAAUCAGAUGAAUGUUUCUUUGGAUUCAAUGAUAAAUCUUGGUCAUUAUAUUGUUAUGGAAACAGUUAUAGCUUUUUUUUCAACAACAUCUGGACUCCAGUGACAGGUCCUGUGUCCUCCAGAGUAGGAGUGUACCUGGAUCACAGUGCAGGUGUUCUGUCCUUCUACAGCGUCUCUGACAUGACUCUCCUCCACAGAGUCCAGACCACAUUCACUCAGCCUCUCUAUGCUGGAAUUAGGGUUCGUUGGAUUAGAGCCACAGCUGAGAUCUGUAAACUCAAAUAG